CCCCCGCACAGCACAGGGUCCCUGGUUCCCCUCUCCAGAGCUGCUUGGAAGUGAUGGAGAUGUCUCGAGCAGCGUGUAGCCGCCAGGGGCUGUCUGGGAGACAAGUGGCCUCUCCAUCCCCACUGCUGUCGCUGCUGCUGCUCCUUGCCUGCCUCACGGAUGCCUGCAGAGGUGCUCCAAUAUCACCUCCAAGAUUACAGCCAGAACAGGAACUACAAUUGUGGAAUAAGGUGCAUGAAGCUUGUUCAUCCUUUCUGUCUACUGGUCCCCAGCCUCAGGCAUCCCCUGCACUGAGGGAGCUUUGCCGUGCGGUGAUGGAGAUCCUCCAAGAGCCUCAGGGAGAAAAUGAAAGAGAUAAUGCUAAGAGGUUCUUAUUUCAUUAUUCAAAGACAGAGAAGUCAGGAAACUCAAAUAUUGUGUCGUCUGUUGUGCAUCCGUUGCUGCAGCUCGUUCCUCAACUGCACGAGAGAAGAAUGAAGAGAUUCAAGGAAGAAUUCCAGAGUCCGUUUCCUGGUCAAAGUAGGGGAUACUUCUUAUUCAGGCCACGCAAUGGGAAGAGGUCAACGGGCUUCAUUUAAAAUGGAUAUUGACUAAUUUUCCAUUGAAACAGUACGAUCUACUCAUAUUUUGUUUUAAAAAAUCAUCCCUCCUAAAUUUACUCUGUGGCAAACCCCAGUAUUGUAAUAUUCUCCAUGA